AUGUCCGCCGACGACACCAGGACUCUCGCCAACGAUGGCUUUCCUGAUGGAGAGGACAAGGCCCUGCCCACUACGCAAGAAUGGGCCAUGAAACCCAAUGUUGCCAAAUUCCAUGAGAGAAACCAGGCCUCCGGCUUCCCCCGUCGUGAACUCGGCGUCACCUGGACGGACUUGACGAUCAAGGCACGAAGCGCGGAAUCCGCUCUGCACGAAAAUGUCGUGUCGCAGUUCAACAUUCCCAAACUCAUCCAAGAGUCGAGACGCGAGACGCCCCUCAAGACAAUAUUGGACGCUUCACAUGGCUGUGUAAAGCCAGGCGAGAUGUUGCUCGUCCUCGGCCGCCCUGGAUCCGGAUGCACCACCUUGCUCAACCUCCUGACCAACAAAAGACGCGGCUACGAGCACAUAUCCGGGGACGUCUUCUACGGGUCCAUGAAGGCCAGCGACGCCAAAAAGUACAGAGGCCAGAUUGUCAUGAACACAGAAGAGGAAGUCUUCUUCCCUACACUCACCGUGGGCCAAUCCAUGGAUUUUGCAACUCGGCUGAAAACACCAUUCAACCUGCCCAACGGGGUGAGCGACAAGGAGGACCAUCGUGCAGAGACCAAGGAGUUCCUGCUAAAGUCCAUGGGCAUCGAGCACACAUUCGACACAAAGGUCGGCGAUGCGUUUGUGCGUGGCGUUUCCGGCGGUGAGAGGAAGCGCGUUUCCAUCAUUGAGUGCCUUGCCUCCAGGGGCAGUGUGUUUUGCUGGGACAAUUCGACCAGAGGCCUGGAUGCCAGCACUGCUCUAGAGUAUACCAAGGCGAUUCGUGCCAUGACCGACGUCCUUGGCCUCGCAUCCAUCGUUACCCUGUACCAGGCCGGCAACGGCAUUUACCAGCUCUUUGACAAGGUGCUGGUACUGGACGAAGGCAAAGAGAUUUACUACGGACCAAUGAGGGAGGCACGCCCUUUCAUGGAGGAACUGGGCUUCAUCUGCGACGACGGCGCCAAUGUGGCCGACUUCCUGACCGGCGUCACCGUCCCCACGGAGCGCAAGAUCCGUGGCGAUAUGCGGCACAAGUUUCCCCGGACGGCGGCCGACAUACGCGCUCGCUAUGAGGAGACGCAAAUCUACAGCCGGAUGAAGGCCGAGUACGACUUUCCCACCUCGGCCGGCGCAAAGGAGAAGACGGAGCUGUUCCAGCAGGCCAUCCACUUGGACAAGGAAAAGGGGCUGCCCAAGAACAGCCCCAUGACGGUUGGCUUUCUUGGACAGGUCAGGGCCUGCAUCAUCCGGCAGUACCAAAUCCUCUGGGGAGACAAGGCCACAUUCAUCAUCAAGCAGGUUUCCACCAUUGUGCAGGCUCUCAUCGCCGGGUCUCUGUUUUACAACGCGCCCGCGUCCUCGGCGGGCUUGUUUGUCAAGUCGGGCGCGUGCUUCUUUGCCUUGCUCUUCAACAGUCUGUUGUCCAUGUCGGAAGUUACAGAGUCGUUUAGCGGACGGCCGGUUCUUCUCAAGCACAAGUCGUUUGCCUUCUUUCACCCCGCGGCCUUUUGUAUCGCGCAGAUUGCCGCCGACGUGCCCGUCAUUCUCUUCCAGGUCUCCGCCUUCUCCCUCAUCCUGUACUUUAUGGUUGGUCUGACCAUGGACGCGGGCAUCUUCUUCACUUUCUGGAUCAUCGUGGUUGCCACUACUUUUUGCAUGACGGCCUUGUUCAGGUCCAUCGGCGCCGGGUUCAGCACGUUUGACGCGGCUUCCAAGGUUUCCGGGUUCCUCAUCACCGCGUGCAUCAUGUACACGGGAUACAUGAUUCAGAAGCCCCAAAUGCACCCCUGGUUCGUGUGGCUCUUCUGGAUCGAUCCUCUGGCCUAUGCGUUCGACGCUCUGCUGUCAAACGAGUUCCACGGGAAAAGGAUCGAUUGCGUCGCCAACAACCUCAUCCCCAGCGGGCCCGGCUUUACCAGUGGCGAGAAUCAAGCGUGCGCUGGCGUCGGCGGCGCUGUACCCGGCCAGAGUUUUGUCGAUGGUGAUGCGUACCUCGCGUCGCUGUCAUAUAGCCAUUCGCACCUGUGGCGAAACUUUGGCAUCGUCUGGGCGUGGUGGGCGCUCUUCGUCUUCAUCACCAUUGUGAUGACGAGCCGGUGGCGCUCGUCCUCUGAAGCCGGCCCGAGUCUCUUCAUCCCCAGAGACACGGCCAAGGCGUACAAGGUCGGCCAGAAAAAGAGGGAAAAGGACGAGGAGGGCCAAGGACAAGUCUCAGACGCCGUUGUCUCGAGCGCAUCUUUGAGCGACGAAAGAACAGAAGCAGAAGACGAAGGGCCGACAAAUCUUGUGCGCAACACGUCCGUCUUCACUUGGAAGAAUCUGUCGUACACGGUCAAAACGCCAUCUGGCGAUCGACUGCUCUUGGACAAUGUACAGGGUUGGGUCAAGCCCGGAAACCUCACCGCUCUGAUGGGUUCCUCCGGCGCGGGAAAGACGACGCUGCUGGAUGUCUUGGCUCAGAGAAAGACAGAGGGAACCAUCCACGGAUCCAUCUUGGUCGACGGAAGACCCCUUCCGGUAUCCUUCCAGCGAUCGGCGGGCUACUGCGAACAGCUCGAUGUGCACGAAUCCCACGCGACUGUCCGCGAGGCGCUGCAGUUUUCCGCCCUGCUCCGACAGAGCCGCGAGACGCCGCGGAGAGAGAAGCUUGCCUACGUGGACACCAUCAUCGACCUCCUCGAGCUCCACGAUUUGGCAGACACGCUGAUCGGCGAGGUCGGCGCGGGCUUGAGCGUCGAGCAGCGCAAGCGCGUGACGAUUGGCGUUGAGCUUGUGGCCAAGCCCAGCAUCCUGCUCUUCCUGGACGAGCCUACCUCGGGCCUUGACGGGCAAUCUGCCUACCACACGGUUCGUUUCCUGCGCAAGCUCGCCGCGGUCGGCCAGGCGGUGCUGGUCACGAUCCACCAGCCUUCUGCCGUGCUCUUUUCCCAGUUCGACACGCUCCUGCUUCUGGCCAAGGGCGGCAAAACCGUCUACUUUGGCGACAUUGGCGAGCAGGCCUCCGUCAUCAAGGAGUACUUCGGGCGUUACGGCGCCCCCUGCCCGCCCGGGGCCAACCCGGCCGAGCACAUGAUUGACGUCGUCUCGGGGGUGCUCUCGCAGGGCAAGAACUGGAGCGACAUAUGGCUCGCCUCGCCCGAGUACGAAAAGAUGACGGCCGAGCUGGACGGCAUCAUUGAGAAGGCGGCCGCGUCCCCCCCCGGGACCGUCGACGACGGCCACGAGUUCGCCACGCCCAUGUGGGAGCAGAUCAAGCUGGUGACGCACCGGAUGAACGUGUCGCUGUACCGCAACACAGACUACGUCAACAACAAGUUUGCGCUGCACAUCUUCUCGGCCCUGUUCAACGGCUUCUCCUUCUGGAUGGUGGGCGACUCGGUGGGCGACCUGCAGCUGAAGCUCUUCACCAUCUUCAACUUCAUCUUCGUGGCGCCGGGCGUGCUGGCCCAGCUGCAGCCGCUCUUCAUCCACCGCCGCGACAUCUUCGAGGCGCGCGAGAAAAAGUCCAAAAUGUACUCGUGGGUCGCCUUUGUCACGGGCCUCAUCGUCUCCGAGAUCCCGUACCUCAUCAUCUGCGGCGUGCUCUACUUUGUGUGCUGGUACUACACGGUCGGGUUCCCGGCCAACUCGCAGCGCGCCGGCGCCACCUUCUUCGUCAUGCUCAUGUACGAGUUCCUGUACACGGGCAUGGGGCAGUUCAUUGCCGCCUACGCGCCCAACGAGGUCUUUGCCACGCUGGUGAACCCGCUGCUGAUUGGAACCCUCGUCUCCUUCUGCGGCGUCCUCGUGCCGUACUCGCAGAUCCAGCCCUUCUGGCGGUACUGGAUGUACUACCUCAAUCCGUUCAACUACCUCAUGGGCAGUCUGCUCGUGUUUGACCUCUGGGGGAGCAAGGUGACGUGCUCGUCGAGGGAGCUCGCCACCUUUGACCCGGUCAACGGCACCACGUGCGGCGAGUACCUGAGGGAUUACCUGGCCGAAGGGCCGGGCAGCGUGGCCAACCUUCUCAAUCCGGAGGCGACGAGUUCCUGCAAAGUGUGUUCGUAUACCGAGGCGCAGGAUUACCUGAGGACGCUCAACCUCAACGAGUACUAUUUCGGGUGGCGGGAUGCGGCUAUUGUCGUGCUCAUGGUGUUUAGCUCGUAUGCCAUGGUGUACGCGUUGAUGAAGCUGAGGACCAAGACGUCCAAGAAGGCCGAGUAG